UCAACAAACAUGCCCGAUUAACCAAUAGCAACCAAUAUAUAAUACAUUAUUAUUUUUAUUUUUUUCUGGAAAACUCUUAUCACUUAGGGUUAUGAAAAAUAGAUAGUAGCCGAUUCUCAGAUCUACUGAAUAGGUAUGCAUAUAAAAUUUCAUAAAAAUCUGUCAAGCCGUUUCGGAGGAGUGUGGUAACUAACAUAGUGACACGAGAAUUUUAUAUAUUAGAUAUAUUAUAUAUAUAUUUAUAUGUAUUAUGUGUGUGUCAGAUGGGACUAUCAUUGCUUUUUUAUUUCAUAAAAAUAAAUACAAUUAGAUGAAUAAAAUUAGAUACAACCACGACAUGGACUUUACAUAUUAUAAUAUCGUAUAAAUAUUGUACUCAUUACUGCACUUGUGAGUUGUGGUUUCGCACGUCACCUAGUUACCUUAAAAUUUCGUUUUUUCGAUAGCACGCGAUACCGGCGAGUCGUUUGUCGUGUAUGAUACAAAGUUUAUCGCUCAAUCCAUUUGAUAGCCUUAAAUCAGUCGGUCGUACAUUACAAGUUUUAGCAAUGGACAACAACCAAAAUGGAGACGUCGAAGACAAUGGAAGCGACCUUCUUGCCGAAGAGUUGGCCAAACUCCAACGACAGUACAUGCUCAUGGAGAGCAACAAAAAAGCGUAUACCGAAGAAAUGGGCAGUCAUUUAGCCAAACAGAAAAAAAUCAUCUGCAGUUUGGAACAAGAAAAGGUAAAUCUGGUGGAGCACGUGAAUAUGACUAAAAACAAACAAAAGGAAACCAAUGACUUGCGUUUAAAAGAAUGUUUGGUCGAAAAAUGGAACGAAUACCUGUGCGUCAACGAUGAGCUGACAGACCAAAAAAAGUGCCACGACGACAUCGAAAAGGAAAUAUUAAAAAUUCAAAACGAACUCGACCUAAUAUUUAGACAGAGAGAACCCUCGGCGGGCAAAUCAAAAAACAAAGUCGAAUGCGAUCUACAAAGACACGAAGAACUACUAGAGAACAAAUUGCACGUGGUAAUUAUAUAAUAUUACAAUAUAUUGUAGGUACACGAAACGUUAUCGAUUGUGUGGGAAAACAAAUUUCAGAAAACCGUCAAGUUCAAUAAGGUUUUGACGGAGAACGCCCGUUUGAGAAACGAAAUCGACAAUUU